AUGUCACAACAGUCAAAGAAGAACGCGGAGCAUAUGGAGUGGGAACAACAGGAGGGAGACGGAGGAAGCAACGGUGGAAGCAAAGGAAUCGCUGAAGAAGAAGGAAAGUGGGGAGGCGUGCUGGAACCGGAAAACAGGAUGUGCUGGAAUCGGCGGAAAAGUCGAGGAAAAGUGCUGCAACUCUGGGAGAUGGGAACUCGACGCAGCGAGUUGCAGGCAGCUAUUAGUGGCGCGGGUCGCAUAGAACGAGUAGCAGAUGAGGAAGUGCAGAAAAGUGAUAAUGAGUGGAAAUUGUUGCAGGAAAGUUGGGAGCUCCAAAACGACGAGUUGAGACAACAAUUGGAGAAGGCCAGAGCCGAAGCAGAAGACUUGCAACUACAAUUGGAUGCAGUUCAAAUAGAGAAAGAAGGGUGUGAGAAGGAAGUGGAAAGACUGGAAAGAGCAUGGAAGCUGGAGAGGAAAACGGCGAAGGAACUGCGACAAAUGAUGGAGCAGUCAACAGGUAACGAAAAAAGAGACCAGGAAAGAAGUUACGUGUUGAUUCAGGAGCGUUACAGGAGGCCCGGAACACAAUCGGUCGAUUCGAGAGGAUCAUCGAGUGCAUGGGCAGAGCCAGAGAGCCAAAAGAGAGGUGAGGCGAAGGGAAACGGAGAUAUGGGAAGAAAGAAAACAGAAAGUGAAGAUGGCUGGCGGAAAAAAGUAGAAGACUGGGAUUUCACAAGCGGCGAUUACGUUGGUAUGCCUAGAGACAGUAUGGGAAGAGAGCGCGAGAGUGUGAAGCUGAAAGAGACAAGCGAUGUAAAGAAAGGGAAGAGUGAAACGGGCUCCAGUGUGUCGAAGGGAAGUAGCUCAAAGAUGAUACAGUGCCUGAAUAAGCUAAUGAGAGCGAACGUGUUGCCAGAGCCAGCGGUGUUUGAUGGGAAAGGAGAGUUCAAACGGUCGUUUUUGUUGAAAUAUCGGCACGUGACUGAAAGGGAUGAAGAUUUGGUGGCAAUAUUGGAAGAUAAGUUUCUGAAAGUGGCAGCGAGAACACUUUUUAAGUCGCUUCCAAAAAGAUUCGAGCGUCCAAUUGAAGAACAAGAUUAA